AUGGAAACGGAGGCUGCAGUCUCAACCCGUGGUCGUCCUGUGAUCCCCAACCACACUCAGGGGGACUAUCACUUUGUCCGCUCCUUCGUAGCUGGAGGUAAGGGCGGCUGCAGACUUCACUAGUGAUAAUAAUGCAGAAAUACAAUACAGAGCAUACAGUAGUACACAUCUAGUGACACAAACCCUGGUUCUGAUGAGCUGCAUGGUGUGCAGGCAAUUCAUCCAGUGAUAACGGACUACUAUCAUCAAAAUUAGUGGGUAAACCUCACCAGAGAUCCAGAAAAGAAAUGGGUAUAGGUCUACAGAGUUCUGACAACUUAAACAUCUAGACCUUGGCAGAGCGACAUAGGUAUAGUGAGUUUGUGGGUAGGUUUCACAGACCCAGAUUAAGCUGACUUGUCUUGGACCUGGAUUAAAAAGCUGCUCACUGGAGAUAAUUUUCUGAAAGUCCAUUUUAGUCCAAGGACUACACUUAAAGCUGAAAUCCACAUAAAUGGAAACGGCACCGCUGUUCAGUCAGCAUAAGGUGAAACAGCACCUCUGUUCAGUCAGCAUAAGGUGAAACAGCACCUCUGUUCAGUCAGCAUAAGGUGAAACAGCACCUCUGUUCAGUCAGCAUAAGGUGAAACAGCACCUCUGUUCACUCCCAGUGCAUUUGUUAUUGUUUUUGUUUUGUUGAUGAAACGGAGGAGAAGGGCAUCCAGCAUUCUGGUAAAAAAAAAAUUGCGUGCAAUGAUAUCCGAGGGAAAGAAACAGUGUUUGUUGUUUGUGGCAUAAACAGACGGAUUCCAGCUUUAAUCUAGGUUAGGGAAACUGGCACUGAAUGUGCAGGUUUUUAUUUAUGUACAAAUAUAGAUACAGUGCCUGGAGAAGCCACAGGACGGUGGUCAAAGGUCUGUUGUUAAAACUGUUAGUGCAUCAUCAUCAUCAUCCAUCUGCCAGUUAUAUUGGUGCUGUUACUCUGCACUAUCUGUAGCUAAGUUUGUCUUAUUAGUCAGAUGUUGAACAUGGAAAGAAACCCCAUGACCUGUCCAAAGUGAUGUAAUAUGCACUUAUCCAAACUAACGUGUCUAGGUUCUUGGUUGAGCAAACUCUCAUCUAACAGAUAAUUAUCUGCAGAUUAAUUGAAUCUUUAUUUUACUUAGUCCAGCCCAGAUAUGCUCAUGUUAAGGGUGUCUGUAUCUGUCUGGGUGGGUUUAGGUGUAGCAGGAUGCUGUGCCAAAUCUACCAUCGCUCCUCUGGACAGAGUGAAGAUCUUACUGCAAGCCCACAGUCCCCACUACAAAGACCUGGGUAAGGUCUGGAUAACUCUGCUGCAAUGGAAGUGUUACUGAACAUGUAAACAUGUCUGUCUGUCUGUCAGUUGGUUUGUCAGUGUCACUCGUGUAUCCCCCCCUCCCCUCCCAUGUAAAUCUGAGAUUUAUUUUUCUUCUUCUCUUGGUUGCAGCGGAAACUAAACCAUGACAUCCCUCCACACAAUUAUCUCUUGCUUAUUUCUCUCCUUCGCUCUCUCUCCUCUAGGUGUGGUAGCUACUUUCCGUGCCGUGCCAAAGAAGGAGGGUUACCUGGGGCUUUAUAAAGGCAAUGGGGCCAUGAUGGUCAGGAUAUUCCCUUAUGGAGCUAUCCAGUUCAUGGCCUUUGAUAAAUACAAGAAGAUACUCAGUAAACAGCUGGGCAUCUCUGGACACAUCCACAGGCUCAUGGCCGGUUCUAUGGCAGGUGAGAGAAGAUCAGUGGUGAAAAUGGCCUCUUUCACGGCAGGGAGGGAGAAUCCAGAAAAGACAAAAGGAGGCCUACAAAAUGCAGAGAAGAUACUUCCUCACUCCUGGUUAUUUUCCCACAACAAUAGUCUCCACAAUAGUUUCAACAAAACAACAACAGUUGUUGUUGAGUAUAUUUUAUCUGACCAUGUUGUUGUUGUUGUGUUGCUCAGGGAUGACAGCAGUGAUAUGUACGUACCCUCUGGACGUGAUCAGAGUCCGUCUGGCUUACCAGGUAAAAGGACACCAUCGCUACACGGGCAUCGGAAAUGCCUUCCAGACCAUAUACCUAAAGGUAUGCUAUUUCAUUUGUUCUAACCUGUCCCUUUGUUUGUCUCUGAGUUUCACAUUCAACCUGUUACCUGAGAGCGGUGAGCAGGUUUCCCUCCUGUGUUUGUGUUUAUCAUUAACUGACGCUCAGUGUUGGUGUUUUUAUUAUAUUUUUAAAGGAAGGAGGCAUCCCUGGCUUCUACAAGGGACUGAUCCCAACCCUUAUAGGCAUGGCUCCAUAUGCAGGUGAGCAUGCAUGAACACACACACACAGUGUUGUGAAUAAGUUUCUUUGAGUUCAUUGUGGGCCUCAUUUAUUUUGUCCUCUCUCUCUCUCUCUCUCUCUCUCUCUCUCUCUCUCUCUCUCUCUCUCUCUCCAGGGUUCUCGUUCUUUACCUUCGGCACGUUGAAGAGUCUGGGUCUGGUCCACUUCCCAGAGAUACUGGGACGACCAUCCUCAGACAACCCAGAGGUGCUGGUUCUGAAGACCCACGUCAACCUGCUCUGUGGAGGGGUGGCCGGAGCUAUCGCACAGACCAUAUCGUAGGUUGAUUAACUGAUGGAUUGAUUGGUUUUAAAGACCAACUGCUCUGUGGAGGGUUGGUUGAUUGAUUGGAUGGUCCCUUUUUUCUCUUUCCAUGGUCUCCCCCUUUCUCCCAUCUCUUCUCCGUACCCUUCCAUGUCUCCCCCAUCUCUUCUCCGUCUCCUCUCCCUGUUCCCCCCAUCUUUCUCUCCUCCAUGCCCCAUCCCUCUCUCUCUCCCUCCCCCAUCUCUUCUCUCCCUGUUCCCCCACCCAUCUCUAUCUCUUCUCCUCUCCUGUUCCCCCCCAUCUCUUCCUCCUCUCCAUCUUUCUCCCCCCAUCUCUUCUCCUCUCCUCCCUGUUCCCCCCCUCUCUUCUCCUCUCCCUGUUCCCCCCAUCUCUUCUCCUCUCCCUGUUCCCCCCCAUCUUCUCCUCUCCCUGUUCCCCCCAUCUCUUCUCCAUCUCCUCUCCCUGUUCCCCCCAUCUCUUCUCCGGCUCCUCUCCCAGCUAUCCUCUGGAUGUUGCCAGGAGAAGGAUGCAGUUAGGAGUGGUGCUUCCUGAAUCUGACAAAUGUCGGUAAGUGGCACCAUUUAACCCUUCCUCUCCAAACCCAGGGCUCGUAUUAAAAAAAAGUAUGUACUGACCUAGGAUCAGGUACCCCUGCACAUAUCAUCUGAUGUAUUAUGAUCUGAAAGGCAAAAGGACCCUGUUUGAAUACUUAGAAAAACCGCGUGGCAAUAGGAGUUUUGUUGAGUGUGGGUAUUAUUGAGUCCUAAGCCCUGUUUGGUCCUCCAGACGACUACAGCAUACCAAUCAUGCCUUUCACAGUUCACCCUGCUGCACCGUGUCAGUAGAAUUACUCCACCAUCUGACACUCCGUAAUUACUUACUAGACAACCUCCUCACUCGGGACUGACAGAACUCCUCACUCGGGACUGACAGAACUCCUCACUCGGGACUGACAGAACUCCUCACUCGGGACUGACAGAACUCCUCACUCGGGACUGACAGAACUCCUCACUCGGGACUGACAGAACUCCUCACUCGGGACUGACAGAACUCCUCACUCGGGACUGACAGAACUCCUCACUCAGUAACUCAACAGUCUUACUCUAUGUUCUACUCCAUAAAGUGAGGGCUUGUGUGUCAGAUGAUGUCAGUCCCGAGCCUGUGUGUAUGUCUGUGUCUGUAUUAACCAGCUCAGUUGUGGGGGUUUAGAAGGCACAAACAGACUGGCACUGGCAGAAUAUCCUGUUCCAAACAUCUUUAACAGAUUUUUAUCUUGUUGAAGCAAUGUUUUAUUAUUAUGUAAUUAACAUAUUAAAAUGUAAUUGAUAAAUACGUUUUCUGGUAAGCGCUGUAAAAUAAAGCAUAACUUUUUAGUCUUCCCACUUAUCUCCCUCUACAGUACCCUGACCAAGACUCUGCAGUAUGUAUACAGUCAGUAUGGGGUGAAGAAGGGUCUGUACAGAGGCCUGUCUCUCAACUACAUCCGCUGUGUGCCCUCUCAGGCUGUGGCCUUCACCACCUAUGAGUUGAUGAAGCAAACCCUCCACCUCAACUAG